AAAGAGAGAGCGCGCGCGCGUGUGUGAGGUAAAAGCAAACGGACCCUCGUCGAGAGAGGCAAGGCCAACUUUUUGAGGGGAGUUUGGUGUCGCUUGAGCCGCUCGCGGAGCUCAGAAAGGCAGCUGGGGAGGACGCAGAGAUCAUGGCCUUGAAAGAAAUUUCUAGCAAUAAAUGCUUUGGUGGUUUUCAGAAAGUGUUUGAGCAUGACAGCGUUGAGCUGAAAUGCAAAAUGAAGUUUGGGGUUUAUCUGCCACCCAAAGCAGAAACUGAGAAAUGCCCUGUAUUGUACUGGCUCUCAGGAUUAACGUGCACGGAACAAAAUUUCAUAACGAAAGCAGGUUUCCAUCAAGCUGCAGCUGAACAAGGCCUGGUUGUGGUUGCCCCAGAUACCAGCCCACGUGGAUGCAAUAUUAAAGGAGAAGAUGAGAGCUGGGAUUUUGGCACUGGAGCUGGUUUUUACGUGGAUGCCACUGAAGAUCCAUGGAAAACGAAUUAUCGCAUGUACUCUUACAUAAAGGAUGAGUUACCUAAUCUGAUAAAUGCCAAUUUCCCAGUUGACUCUGGGAGGAUUUCUAUUUCCGGCCAUUCAAUGGGGGGUCAUGGUGCUCUAAUCCUCGCUCUGAAGAAUCCCGGAAAAUACAAAUCUGUUUCAGCCUUUGCACCAAUCUGCAACCCAAUUCAGUGCCCGUGGGGGAAGAAAGCUUUUAGUGGAUACCUGGGGUCGGAUGUAACCAAAUGGGAGGCUUACGAUGCUACACAUAUUGUGAAAUCCUACAAAGGCCCCUCUUUGGACAUUCUGAUUGAUCAAGGCAAAGACGACCAGUUCCUUACAGCAGGGCAAUUGCUGCCUGAUAAUUUCAUUGCUGCCUGCACAGAGCGCAAAAUCCCAGUGGUCUUAAGAAUGCAGCAGGGCUAUGAUCACAGUUACUACUUUAUAGCAACAUUCAUUAAUGACCAUAUCAGGCACCACGCAAAAUACCUCAAUGCUUGAGUAUCUCCUGACAGUACAAAACAAUUGGAAGAUAAUCAGUGGAAAUUAACAAUGAAAAAGUAUGUGAAUAAUCAGUGUAUUGAAAUGAAGUCCUGAUUUUAUGCCUCAGAAUAAACACUUGGAAUAUG